AUGAAUGAGGAGAACGAGACAAAAGUGACUGAGUUUCUUUUCUCGGAUUUCCCUCAGAUUGAGAACGGUGGUCUCUUAUUCUUCAUUCCUCUGCUCUUCAUUUACACGUUCAUCGUGUUUGGAAACUCCAUGAUCUUCUUUGCUGUCCAGCUGGAUGCCCGUCUCCACAACCCCAUGUACAGUUUCAUCAGCAUUUUCUCCUUUCUAGAAAUUUGGUAUACCACGGUGACCAUUCCCAAAAUGCUCUCCAACCUGGUCAGCAAGGAGAAGACCAUUUCUUUAGUUGGCUGCCUGCUGCAGAUGUAUUUUUUCCACUCCCUUGGAGUCACAGAAGGCCUAGUCCUCACAGUGAUGGCCAUUGACAGGUAUGUCGCCAUCUGUAACCCUCUCCGCUAUGCAGUCAUCAUGACGCUGCAACUCUGUAUCCGGCUGUCCACAGGCUCUUUCACCGUGGGCUUCCUUAUGCUGCUGCCAGAGAUCGUGUGGAUUUCUACUCUUCCCUUCUGUGGCCCCAACCAGAUCCACCAACUCUUCUGUGACUUUGAACCUGUGCCUCGCUUGGCCUGUACAGACACUUCCAUGAUUCUGGUGGAAGAUGUGAUCCAUGCCAUCUCCAUCCUGACCUGCGUCUCUGUCAUCACUCUCUCCUACUUAAGGAUCAUCACUGUGAUCGUGAGGAUUCCCUCUGGUGAGAGCCGUCAGAAGGCAUUUUCUACCUGUGCAGCCCACAUCACUAUUUUCUUGCUGUUUUCUGGCAGUGUGUCUCUCAUGUACCUUCGCUUCUCUGUCACCUUCCAACCGCUGCUGGAGAAGGCCAUUGCACUGACGUUUGCUGUCCUUGUCCCAUUUUUCAACCCUAUAAUCUACAGCCUGAGGAACAAGGAUAUGAAAGAUGCCAUUAAAAAAAACUUCUGUUCUCAAAAGAGGGUCAGUGACCCUGGGAGCUACUAUGAUUUCUUCCAAGCUUGUUUGCAAAGGCAUUUCAUCCUCUGCAUAGGUUUUAAAAGCUAA